AUGGGAAAUAAUUUCUCAGUUGAAUCUCCAUCUUUGGCGCCGUUCCUGUGUGGGAAACGCAAGUAUUUAUACAACCUGGAGAGAAAUCUAGAGGCUUUGCAUAAAGUAAUGCAAGACCUCAACGCAAUGAGAAACGAUCUGUUGAAGAGGCUGUCGAAAGAGGAGGAGAUAGGUCUACAAGGGCUACAAGAAGUCAAAGAGUGGAUUUCAAUGGUGGAAGAGAUUGAACCUAAAGCCAAUCGGCUGCUUGAUGAAAGUGUCUCUGAAAUUCAGAGACUAUCAAGGUACGGCUAUUGUUCUCUGAUCCCUGCGUCGACCUAUCGUUACAGUGAAAAGGUACUUACGACUAUGGAAGGAGUUGAAACUCUGAGAUCUAAGGGAGUCUUCGAAGCUGUCGUUCACAGAGCUCUUCCGCCUCUUGUGAUAAAGAUGCCUCCAAUUCAACUUACUGUUUCUCAAGCAAAGUUGCUUGAUACGGCAUGGGCUCGUCUAAUGGACAUAAAUGUUGGGACUUUGGGUAUUUAUGGUAGGGGUGGAGUAGGCAAAACCACCCUUCUUACUAAACUCAGAAACAAGUUACUUGUAGAUGCAUUUGGUCUUGUGAUCUUUGUUGUUGUGGGGUUUGAAGAGGUCGAGAGCAUACAGGAUGAAAUUGGUAAAAGAUUAGGCCUCCAAUGGAGAAGAGAAACCAAAGAGCGCAAGGCAGCUGAAAUAUUGGCAGUCUUAAAGGAGAAGAGAUUUGUGUUGUUACUGGAUGGCAUACAGAGGGAAUUGGAUCUUGAGGAAAUUGGAGUUCCUUUUCCCAGCCGAGAUAAUGGAUGCAAAAUUGUAUUCACCACUCAAUCUCUGGAAGCAUGUGACGAAAGCAAGUGGGUUGAUGCUAAGGUAGAAAUUACAUGUUUGAGCCCGGAAGAAGCAUGGGAUUUGUUUCAAGAGACUGUCGGAGAGAACACGUUGAGAAGUCAUCAAGACAUACCUAAGCUCGCAAGAGUAGUUGCUAGUACAUGCCGUGGUUUGCCCCUUGCUCUUAAUCUCAUUGGUGAGGCCAUGUCAGGAAAAAGGACUGUACGCGAAUGGCGUUACACAAUUCAUGUCUUGGCUUCAUCCACAGCCGAAUUUCCAGAUAUGGAAGAUGGGACUCUUCCCAUUUUAAAGUCUAUCUAUGAUAAUAUGAGUGAUGAGAUCAUCAGGUUAUGCUUCCUUUAUUGUGCUCUGUUUCCAGAAAAUUUGGAUAUAGGAAAAGAAGAUCUGGUAAACUACUGGAUAUGCGAGGGAAUCCUUGCAAAAGAAGAUAGAGAGGAAGCUGAGAUCCAGGGAUAUGAAAUUAUCUGUGAUUUGGUUAGGAUGCGAUUGUUGAUGGAGAGUGGAAAUGGAAAUUGUGUAAAGAUGCAUGGUAUGGUUCGUGAAAUGGCCUUGUGGAUAGCAUCUGAACACUUUGUUGUGGUAGGCGGUGAGAGAAUACAUCAGAUGCUAAAUGUCAAUGACUGGCGGAUGAUUAGAAGAAUGUCAGUGACGUCUACUCAAAUUCAGAAUAUAUCAGAUUCUCCCCAGUGUUCCGAGCUUACAACCCUGGUCUUUCGAAGAAACCGACACUUAAAAUGGAUCUCAGGUGCUUUCUUUCAGUGGAUGACAGGACUUGUAGUCUUGGAUCUAUCAUUUAAUAGAGAACUUGCUGAGUUGCCGGAAGAAGUUUCAAGCCUGGUGUUGCUGCGGUUUCUCAACUUAUCAUGGACAUGUAUAAAAGGAUUGCCCCUUGGUUUAAAAGAGCUUAAGAGUUUGAUACACUUGGAUUUGGAUUACACAUCUAAUCUUCAAGAAGUUGACGUGAUAGCAAGUUUAUUGAAUUUGCAAGUACUGAGAUUAUUUCAUUCUGUUUCUAUGGAUCUCAAGUUAAUGGAGGAUAUCCAACUUUUGAAGAGCCUGAAAGAGUUGAGUCUAACAGUGAGAGGAUCUUCUGUUUUGCAGCGGUUACUAAGUAUCCAGCGAUUAGCAAGUUCUAUCCGACGUUUACAUCUAACUGAAACUACAAUAGUCGAUGGAGGAAUAUUAUCGUUGAAUGCUAUAUUCAGUCUUUGUGAGCUUGAUAUUUUGGGAUGUAAUAUCCUGGAGAUAACCAUUGAUUGGAGAUGCACCAUCCAAAGGGAAAUAAUUCCUCAAUUCCAGAACAUACGCACAAUGACUAUUCAUCGGUGCGAAUAUCUUAGAGACUUGACAUGGUUGCUAUUAGCCCCGUGUCUUGGUGAGCUAAGUGUAUCUGAAUGUCCGCAAAUGGAAGAAGUAAUAAGCAAAGAUAAAGCUAUGGCCAAGCUGGGUAAUACGAGUGAGCAGCCCUUUCAAAAUCUAACUAAGCUCGUCUUAGAUGGUUUACCUAAACUGGAGAGCAUCUACUGGACUCCUCUACCCUUCCCAGUUCUGGAAUAUUUAGUGAUAAGGCGUUGUCCAGAGCUGAGAAGACUUCCAUUCAACUCUGAGAGCACUAUAGGAAAUCAAGUUGAAACGAUAAUUGAGGAGCAAGUGAUAAAAAUAGUUGAAUGGGAGGAUGAAGCUACAAAACAACGUUUCUCCCAUUUCAAUAACAGAGACUUUGUACAGAUGGCUGAAGAUCCGAAGAUGGAUGGUUUGACAUCGGAGUCACAUCCAAUUCAAACCAUAGACCUGGUCGGGACUACAGGAAGUGGAGAAACUGCCACUGCAAACAACAUCCAAGGAAAGAAGGUGGUCCAAUCGGGAACACACGCAACUGUUGUUACCAUGGAAUGCCAGACAUAUAAAGUUUUCACACCAGAUUGCCCCAUCAACAAUAUGAUUGACACUCCUGGUACGAAUUUCCUUUUAUGUUAUACCUAA